AUGUACGCCGGCAGACGAGUCGGCGCCGACAUCCGCGCUGCGAUGGUCGGUGGAGACGGACGGCGCGGAGGCGGGCUGUGCGCAGCCUGCUCGGAAGACGGCGUCGGCAUCGGGUACCGAAUUGGCGACUGCGGAUCUAUGCCCAGUGACAGCCAUUGGCUGGCCACCAUGGAUGGUGGCGGUGGUGGGCACGGGCCGUCGCCGUGGAGCGGGCACCGAGGCCGGGGUGGAGCCGGCAAGGCGAGGACCGGCGCUGGAGGCGCCGGUGGAGUUGGUGGCCUCGAUGGUGGUGCCGCGGGCGGAGCCGCGGAUGGCGCCGCGGGCGAGGCCGUGGACGACACCACCGAACGUCGUGACGGAGGGCCGACGUUUGCAUGGUGCAUCGAUCACUACUGGGACGUCAUUGCAAACCAGCGCAUCGGCAAGGGCCCAAGGUACUCAAUCAUCAGGUGCCGAACCCCCUAG